GUUUUUAUACUUAUCAGUGCACCAAUGGAAGAUUCACACCUUUGAAAAUGAAAACGCAUACAUGACAGUGAGAAAGGAAGUCACAAGGCUAGAAAAAUGGGCCUUUGGCUGGGCAUGUCUAUCUACAACUGACAUGCACACACAAUGUUUAAGCACGAUAAAGCAAUACAGAACUGCAUAAGAAAAUCCAACAAAUAUCAUUCAAGCUGAUUCAUAAUCUAUUCUUCCUUCAGUCCUCCAAUCCUCCAAUCGAUAAUGUUUCAAACCACAUGAUAGCCACAAUUAGAAUAAUAGAAAGUAUUCCUCUUGAUCAAUUGAUAAUGCUUGCAAUUGAAGACAAUGAGAAAGUGUUAAAGUCAGCAACAUUAACAGCACCGCAGACUUACCAAGCACGCGUGGACUUUUACCUCAUUUCAAUAGCUAGAAAAUUCCAGAGACUCUAAGAGACAGUAUACAACCCACCACCAAAACAAUAUAAAAUGGCAUCGCUAUCUUCGUUGUCACGAGGAUGCAACUCCUGGUGAAAGAGACACGUUAUUAUCUCUAUUGCAUCUCUAACUUCUCUCAAUUGGAAGAAUCAUAUUGGUGUGUGGUUUGAAAUUUUCAAGCUGAUGAAUGCAGUAAGUAAAAAUAUGAAUAGAAA